AGGGGAGGGGGUGCCCUCUUCAUCCCCGCUCCCUUUACCUCUUCUAACUCCUUCCCCUCCUCCUCCCCCUUCCCCCUCCCCGCCCCCACCUCCUUCCUCCUUUCCGAAGGACUGGUAACUUGUGCGGAGCUAGCGGCGGCGGCACCAUCCAGGCGGGCACCAUGGGCACGUCCGCGCGUUGGGCACUCUGCCUGUUGUUCGCGCUGUGCUGGGCGCCCCUGGAGAGCGGCGCCAUGGGAGCGGGGAGAAAAGACAAAUGUGAACCCUCCCAGUUCCAGUGCACUAACGGCCGCUGUAUUACUCUGUUGUGGAAAUGUGAUGGGGACGAAGACUGUGCUGAUGGCAGUGAUGAAAAGAACUGUGUAAAGAAGACAUGUGCUGAGUCUGACUUCGUGUGCAACAAUGGGCAGUGUCUUCCCAGCAGAUGGCAGUGUGAUGGGGACCCCGACUGUGAAGAUGGUUCUGAUGAAAGCCCAGAACAAUGCCAUAUGAGAACAUGCCGCAUAAAUGAAAUCAGCUGUGGUACCCGUUCUACUCAGUGUAUCCCUGUGUCCUGGAGAUGUGAUGGUGAAAAUGAUUGUGACAGUGGAGAAGAUGAAGAAAACUGUGGCAACAUCACGUGUAGCACUGACGAGUUCACUUGUUCCAGUAACCGCUGCAUCUCCAGGAACUUUGUAUGCAAUGGCCAGGAUGACUGCAGUGAUGGCAGUGAUGAGCUGGACUGUGCCCCACCAACCUGUGGUACCAAUGAGUUCCAGUGCAGCACCUCCUCCUGCAUCCCCAUCAGCUGGGUGUGUGACGAUGAUGCUGACUGUUCUGACCAGUCAGAUGAGUCCCUUGAGCAGUGUGGCCGCCAGCCAGUGAUACACACCAAAUGCCUGGCCAGUGAGAUCCAGUGUGGCUCUGGCGAGUGCAUCCACAAGAGGUGGCGUUGUGACGGAGAUCCUGACUGCAAGGAUGGCAGUGAUGAAGUCAACUGUCCUUCUCGAACCUGCCAACCUGACCAGUUUGAAUGUGAGGAUGGUAGCUGUAUCCAUGGCAGCAGGCAGUGUAAUGGCAUCCGAGACUGUGUAGAUGGCUCUGACGAAGUCAACUGCAAAAAUGUCAAUCAGUGCUUGGGUCCUGGGAAGUUCAAAUGCAGAAGUGGGGAAUGCAUAGAUAUCAGUAAAGUGUGUAACCAGGAGCAGGACUGCAGGGAUUGGAGUGACGAGCCCCUGAAAGAAUGUCAUGUAAAUGAAUGCUUGAUUAAUAAUGGCGGAUGCUCCCAUAUCUGCAAAGACCUAGUAAUAGGCUACCAAUGUGAUUGUGCAGCUGGGUUUGAACUGAUAGAUAAGAAAAUCUGUGGAGAUAUUGAUGAAUGCCAAAACCCAGGACUCUGCAGUCAAAUUUGUAUCAACUUAAAAGGUGGUUACAAGUGUGAAUGUAGUCGUGGCUAUCAAAUGGAUCUUACCACUGGCGUGUGCAAGGCAGUAGGGAAAGAGCCAAGUCUCAUUUUCACUAAUCGAAGAGACAUCCGGAAGAUUGGCUUAGAGAGGAAAGAAUAUAUCCAGCUGGUGGAACAGCUAAGAAAUACUGUAGCUCUUGAUGUUGACAUCGCUGCUCAGAAACUAUUCUGGGCUGAUCUAAGCCAAAAGGCCAUCUUCAGUGCCUCAAUUGAUGACAAGGUUGGUAGACAUGUUAAAAUGAUCGACAAUGUCUAUAAUCCUGCAGCCAUUGCUGUUGAUUGGGUGUACAAGACCAUCUACUGGACUGACGCGGCUUCUAAGACUAUUUCAGUGGCUACCCUAGAUGGAACCAAGAGGAAGAUCCUGUUUAACUCUGACUUGCGAGAGCCUGCCUCCAUAGCUGUGGACCCCUUAUCUGGCUUUAUCUAUUGGUCAGACUGGGGUGAACCAGCUAAAAUAGAGAAAGCAGGAAUGAAUGGAUUUGAUAGACGGCCACUGGUGUCAGUGGACAUUCAAUGGCCUAAUGGAAUUACACUUGACCUUAUAAAAAGCCGCCUCUAUUGGCUUGAUUCCAAGUUGCACAUGUUAUCCAGUGUGGACUUGAAUGGCCAAGAUCGUAGGAUAGUAUUAAAGUCUCUGGAGUUCCUAGCUCAUCCUCUCGCACUAACGAUAUUUGAGGAUCGCGUCUACUGGAUAGAUGGGGAAAAUGAAGCAGUCUAUGGUGCCAACAAAUUCACUGGAUCGGAGCUGGCCACUCUAGUUAACAAUCUUAAUGAUGCCCAGGACAUCAUUGUCUAUCAUGAGGUUGUGCAGCCAUCAGGUAAAAAUUGGUGUGAAGAAGACAUGGAGAACGGAGGAUGUGAAUACCUGUGCCUGCCAGCACCCCAGAUUAAUGAUCAUUCUCCAAAAUAUACCUGUUCUUGCCCUAAUGGAUACAACCUAGAGGAAAGUGGCCGGGAGUGCCAAAGUACUACAACUACUGUGACUUACAGGGAGACAAAAGACACCAACACGACUGAAAUAUCACCAACUAGUGGACUAGUUCCUGGAGGGAUCAGUGCGACCACAGUAGUAUCGGAGGUCAGUGUUCCCCCAAAAGGGACAUCUGCUGCCUGGGCCAUCCUUCCUCUCCUGCUCUUGGCAAUGGCGGCAGUAGGUGGCUACUUGAUGUGGCGGAACUGGCAGCACAAGAACAUGAAAAGCAUGAACUUUGACAACCCUGUGUACCUGAAGACCACUGAGGAGGACCUCUCAAUAGACAUUGGUAGACACAGUGCUUCUGUUGGACACACAUACCCAGCAAUAUCAGUUGUAAGCACAGAUGAUGAUCUGGCUUGACUUCUGAGACAAGUCUCGACCUUUGAGAUCUAAACCAGUAAUACCACACUUUGGAGGGGUAACCACGCCAGCUGCUGAAGUCUCUUUCUUCCUCCAGUCUGGAAGAACAGCAAGACAUCUUUGCGCGGGUCAAGCUUGUGUACUUGACCAUUUUCAUAUUACUUUUGUAAAUAUACCUGUCCACAUUCUACUUCAGCUUUGGAUGUGGUUACCAAGUAUCUGUAAUCUUUGAAUUUCUCUACAGUAUUGCCACCUCUGGCCAAAUAUGCACUUUCCCUAGAAAGCCAUAUUCCAGCAAUGAAACUUGUGCUAUAGUGUAUACCACCUGUACAUAUAGUGUAUAGGCCACCUGUAAAUAUCCCAGAGAACAAUCACUAUUCCUAAGCACUUUGAAAAUAUUUCUAUGUAAAUUAUUGUAAACUUUUUCAAUGGUUGGGACAAUGGCAAUAGGAUAAAACGGGUUACACUAAGAUGAAAUUGCCAAAAAAUUUGUAAACUAAUUUUGUACUUAUGAAUGAAAUCUUUGACCUCAAUAGAGGUUUGCAAAGACUGAGUGUUCAAACUACUGUACAUUUUUUUUCAAGUGCUAAAAAAUUAAACCAAGCAGCUUAACUGUGGUUUGUGCCUAUUCCUCUAGGAUAAACUCCUGUAAACAGCCUGAGUGGCAUCAAGUGUUCUAACUAAAUGAGCUGUGGAUCUUGACAUUGUAUACUAAGCUUGUAAUUGGGCAAUUUUCUCUUGCAACUGAGAACUAACUAAAGAACAAAGUACCAUUUAACACCUGCUCCCCAAAUAUUUCUUAUUCUGUAAAAGCAGCUAGCUUACUCUGUACCCUUUUGCUUAGAGGUGAAUUUCUUUUCUCAUUAACUUGUUUCAUGAUCCAGAAAUGUGUAAGAGUUCUAUCAAUUCUGCUUCUGCAUACUUAAAUAUCCUGUGUUUUCCAUGUUGUAUCAUUAUAUAUAGGUCAAGAACAAGUGCCUUAUAAGGCAUGGGAAAGGACUUUCUUCCCAUAAAAUUCUAGACAGACUUACCAUAAAUAUUAUCAGGGAGGGUAAAGUAGUGUCAUACUUGGACAAUCUAAGGCAGUGGUCCCAGGACCAGAAGCAUCAGCAUCAGCUGGGAAUUUUUUAGAAAUGAAAAUUCUCAGGCCUUACCCCAGACCUCAUGACUCAGAAAUUCUGGGGGCACGAUCCAGGAAUCUGUUUUUAAAAGUCCUUCAAGUGAUUUGAAUGUAAACUAAAGUUCAAACCCACUGUUCAAAUGUGAGUUCAUGGAGAACAUAGUUGUAAUAGCCCUAAUUCAGAUGUUGUUUUUGGCCCGCCGGGCUUAGGAUUCUUUCUUUGGACAAUUUCUGAAGCUUUUUGCAUGAAGAACAGACAAGGAACGGAGGUAGAAGAAAAGGUAGCACAAGGAUUUGGUGAGUUCUUCAUCAGUUUGGCCAGACCUCUCUCUAAAGUUUAGGAUGCCAGGGAAUAUCCAAGGCUUGAAGUACUAGAAAGAUGCUCUAAGUCAAAAGUGAGGUGGAGAGUUCAUUGCAAAAGGUACAGCAAUUCCUCUGAGUAUUAAAUGACCAAUGCAGUGGUAAAAGGAUGAAAAGACCAUGUUUUGAGUAGCUAAAUGGGUUGGUGGAUAAGUCUUCUUUCACUUGAAUAUGGACUACAAGGCAGCUGACAUCUCGCAAGUAGAUCAGUAAUGCUAAAUAAAGAGGAAAGUUGCUUCUCUGUCGUGUUUAAUGGAUGUGCCCUUGUGAUUUUUGUCAAAUGGAUUAAAGUGAAAGCAUAGGCCAGGAAAUUUUGUGUGUGGGAUGGAGGUCAAGCACAUAGAAGGAAAAGGCUGUAGUCAUUAAGGCAGGAUUAUUUGCUGUCUACCUGUUCCUUAUUCUACAAAUAGCUGUCACACUGAACAGGAUGCAGUUUGCUGACAUGGGGUGACUGACAUGCCUAUUUGUUAAGUAGGUGAAUACUAAUCAUGCUUACAUUCUAAAGGUAAUUUUGUUUGGUAUUUUGACCCUGCUGUGGUACAAGACUACUGAUUUUAUUUUUUAAUUGGAAUAAUACAAAAUUCCCUUCUAGGAAUCUUCAAGAUACCAUCUCUCCACCCCAACUCUGCUGCCCUAUUACAGGGAUAAUAUAGUGUUAAUCAACAAUAAAGCUCAAAGUCACACUUCAUGACAGAAUAAAGCUAUAUUCUGUGUCAUCUC